CACACUGAACAGGGUGGGUUGCUGACCCACAUAUAUAAGAAACAGCUGAUCUUCGCUGGUCCUUUAGCACCAGACAACCAGGACUGGAUCUUUCUGAAGAGUGGUGUUGCAGAAGGAUGGGGAUAUACUGUGAGCAGGGGCCAGCUCUGCUUGAACAACAGAGUGAUGUCACACUUAAGAAGCACAAACAAAAGCUCAAUGGCCCUCGGACAGUGAGAGGUCAUCAUGGCUCCCAGCGACCCGGCCAGUUCAGAGAGCAGCUCCCUGGCACAAUGUUUAUAGUUGGUGGCUGGACCCCAAAGGACCCCUCAUGCCCGGUUGAGCGAUUCUGCCCACUAUAUAAUGAGUGGAGGCUGAUGGCUCCCAUGCCUGGUCGCCGUGGAGACGUGGCCGUCUGCGCCCUGGCUGGGAUGAUCUAUGCUGUAGGCGGGCGUGAUGAUGUCACCUGUGUGAGCAACGUGGAAAAGUAUGACCCUGAAACAAAUGAGUGGAGCAGAGAGGCAUCCCUGAGCAGCCCCCGUAGUGGUGUGUGUGUGCUGGAGAUGGAUGGGUACAUGUACACCCUGGGGGGAUAUGAUGGCACUGCCUGCACCAACACUGUGGAAAGGUUUGAUCCAGAGCUAAAGAGCUGGACUAAACUGUCCCCCAUGAGGCAGUCUCGGACAGGAGCCGCUGCUGCGGUGUUGGACGGUUUCCUGUAUGUGAUGGGUGGCACAGAUGGAGACACACCACUCAGCUCAGUGGAACGCUUUAACCCACUGGAUGGGACGUGGCAGACCUGCGUCCCCAUGGGGACCCCCAGAGAGCGGCCAGGCUGUGCUGUAUAUCUGGGCUGUCUGUACGUGGCAGGGGGUCGGGAUGAGCUUUUGCUGCAGCUCAGCACUGUGGAGAAGUUUGACCCAAACACCCUCCACUGGACACCCAUCCCACGCAUGAGGAACAAGCGCCACCAAGUGUCACUGCUGGUAUUUGGUGAAAGGCUGCUGGCUGUAGGAGGCUGUGACGGCACGUCCAAUCUCCGAACCAUCGAGACUUAUAAUCCUGACACUAAUACUUGGAGACACUUUGGAAGCAUGAAGGCUUCACAUCCAGGAGGACAGGGUGUUUUGGUGAAAACCUAACAAAAUCACUUUUUACACCUUUAAAUAUUCCUGCCAGUCUACUUUUUGAUGGUCAGUCUAUACUUUGCAAUGUCUCAGUACAUUAUUCUUAAAUUGCUCCUGUGAAAUUGGCCUGUAUUGUAAACUUAGUCCUAAAAUUAUUACAUAACACAAAUAUAUUGCCUUAUAAAAAUGUUUCUUAACUCUGUUCCAAGCUUAAAUAACUUUAUUUUUCAGUAAUCCACACUUCUUCAGCAAGUGAGUGUAAAUAGCUGGCAGUAAGCUCUCAUUUAAAUGCACUAUGCUGGAAAUAUUUAUUUGUGUGAGACGCAUUGUCUGUAAAACAGCUCCACUAUUUUAACUGCACUGCUUCAUAAACUAAUGAACAAAUGGCUGCAUAUCCAA